GAUUGUGAAAUAUGUGGAGAAGAAGCAAAAACUUUUGAACACCUGUUUUGGGCCUACAGGGUCUCAAUUGAGGUCCGAGAGAGGGCCCUUCAGUGGUUGGGGAUUAACUGCAAAGUGAACUCCCUCGACAACAUGGAAGUGGAGUUACUAAGGACGCGGACCAGAAAAUCAAAGACGCUAAUGCAAGCUUUGUGGGUAGCCAUCUGCUACAAUGUAUGGAGACUAAAGAACAUAUUGGUUUACAAGAAGCAACUUGAUGUAGAGAGAUGGGUGAAGAAUAUUCUGUGCAAUCAGCAGGGGCUCCACAGACGGGCCCGUUUGGAGCGAACCAACCGGAGAGGGAACGAGUUACAGCGAAGGAGAAUCAAAGAAAAGGAUGCCGUGGCACGCCGGAUUUCCGAUCGGAAAGGGCGUCGCCGCCUCAUUAAUCCUCACAAUCAUUUUGUUCUCCCCCUUACUGAUCGCCACUGUGGAAUCAUCCAAACAGCAUCAGAUUGGAUGCAGCAGAACGUGUGUUGCGGAAAAUUGUAACUCGAUUGGAAUUAAAUAUGGGAAGUAUUGUGGAGUAGGUUGGACUGGUUGUCCCGGGGAGAAACCUUGCGACGAUCUUGAUGCCUGUUGCAAAAUUCACGAUGACUGUGUGGAGAAAGACGGUUUGACAAAUGUUAAAUGCCAUGAGAAGUUCAAGAAGUGCAUAAAGAGAGUGCAGAAGUCGGGAAAGGUAGGAUUUUCAAGGGACUGCCCUUAUGACACAGCGGUGCCAACUAUGGUACAAGGUAUGGACAUGGCCAUUCUGUUUAGUCAGUUGGGCAACUCUAAGGCUGAGCUUUGAUUAGCUUUCUCCUCACACUCGUUAGACCACGGCCGUAGAUAGAUAUAUUUUGUAUACCAAUUAUUUUCCUUGCCAUUUCAGGGCGCUUUUUUAAACACACACCCUCCCCAAACCCUUCUUUUUACAGGAUUU